AAGAGAAACCCCGGCCGGUUUCCACCUCAUGGCCUGACGAGCCAAUUUCAGAUUUGAUAGUGAAUCCAUUAAUGGUGGCCGUCACCCUGCGGGCACUUCCACUUCUGCCGUAUAUCAUUGAUGCGACACAGGCAAAGCUGAGCCCGAAGGGCGAUAGCAGUUUCUACACCACCAACCCGAUCUGUAACAAAAAGAAUUGCGUGAACCCUUUUUCCCCUGGGCUCAUGGAUUUGCCUCGGUUGGAGAACCUAAUUUGGCAGUGCUCUCCUUCUGGCGAGGUGCAGAAGUAUGUAUCCUUCUGUAAGGAUGCGAUAGACUAUGAUGCGGCCGUGCCUACCAACAACGUGACCGCGCCCAUCAACAAGAUUGUCUUGUCUCAAGAUAGUGCCGCAUCCACGAUGUUCUUCUAUCACCUGAACGGCCUUGGCUAUGAUGCUUGGGAGUUCAAGAAGCCAGAAGAGUUCGAAGAUCCGUGCGUGAGGAGCGUCUACAAGCUUUCUUGCAUGACGUACUUUCCCAAGAAUCAGGCUGGUUGCAAGACUGGAAGUCAGAUACCAUUUAUGAGACCCUGCCGAAAUGCUUGUGGCAGCUACCUGGAUCAAUGCAAGGUGGAGUGCUGCGAUGCUUCCACGCAGUGCGUCUUUGCAGAGGACACCGCGUCUGGAAUCAAACAGUCGGGCUACUUCAAUCAAGAUGGCCCAUCCGCGUUUUGCACUGGAGGCGCCACGCGGAUGUCACCAAGCUUGCUCCUGCUUUUCCUGCUCGGUUGGCAUGCUUUGCCGGAGCGGCGAUUUCUUUUUGGAUCGAAGCACAUCAUGGCAGUUGCGCUGCUUUUUUGCGCAUGCAACCUGCAAGGGUGCUCGCUCUUCAUUCCGAGCCACCGAGUCCCAAACUGGAGAAAAGAGGCAGAUUACCUGGUGCAGUAUGAGUUUGUGCCUGAGGGUCAGCCUGAAUCAGCAGCCACUCUGAAUUCCUGCCGCUCUGCGGUCCCGGGCGAUAAGGUCUGCUCUGGCCGAGGGCAAUGCAAACCCUGGAGUCACGCACCCUUAAAGGUGGAUGCCUGGCCUGCGACCUACACUGCCUUCUGUGAGUGUGACUACCACUGGGCAGAUCCGGAGUGCGGUACUCGGCGGAAGUCUCAGAUCAAGGCCUUCCUGAUCAGCCUUUUCUUUGGCAUCUUUGGACUAGAUCGCUUCUACCUGGGCUUCUUCUACACUGGGCUUGCCAAGCUGGUGACACUGGGUGGUUUGGGCUUCUGGUGGAUCUAUGAUUUAGUGCGAAUAGGCGCAGCACCCACUUACGCCUUGAAUUACAAGGUCGCUGCUGAUUUGCCUCAUUGGCUUUUCAUGUCGAUCGUAGUGCUGCUCUUCACCGCCCUCGGCUUGCUCUGGAGCUUGGACUCCUAUGGUCGCCUGCGUAAGAAGAGGCGCAGCGAGGCGAUGCAGUUCAUGGCAGAGGGUAAUGAGCCGCUCAAGAAGGAUGACGAGCCACUGAACGCAUGGGGUGGGAAGUGGCAUGGUGGUUAUGGCUCCCUGCCAGACUAUCCUAGUGCUCAUGCACCUUAUGUGACACGAUCGGCCUGAUAUGUUGCAGCACAAGGGCCAAAGAGAUUCCGUAGUUCUGCUUGCCUGCUCCUUGCUGCCUGAUGUGUGUGGAGAGCCAAGUCGUUGUGGUGCUCCAGAGGAAAAGUUUCACCACCUUCAAAUGGCGUCAAUGGAGACUCUCCAGCAAAAAGAUGUGAAGAUAUGCACGAGAUGGCAUGGGCCCUGAAGCAUUGCUGUCAAG